UGCCGCUUUGCUUUGCCUCCCUUUUUAACCCACCUUCUCUAUUAGUCUCACAACUCUCAACUACCACCAAACUCUCAACGACGCCAAAUUUUAUUUAUUUAUUUAUUUAUUUCAUUAAAGCCGAUCAGAGAUCUCCUCCGCCCCUAAUUUCUCCUCCAUUUGUCUUUUGCAUUAACGGUUCUUUAAUUUUCUGUAACAAAUGGAACCUUCGUCUUCAUCUUCUGGUUCAAUGAAAGUUUCGCCGCUCGAUCUGAUGUCGGCGAUAAUCAAGGCGAAAAUGGACCCUUCUAACGCCUCCGCCGACUCGGCUGCCGAGAUGGCCACCAUGCUUCUAGAGAACAAGGAGUUCGUUAUGAUUUUAACUACCUCCAUCGCGGUGCUCGUUGGCUGCGUCGUCGUUUUGGUAUGGCGUAGAUCCGGUUCUCAGAAACCUAAGCAAAUCACUCCUCCUAAGCCUCUGAUUGUUAAAGAUCGUGAAAAUGAAGUUGACGAUGGAAAGAAAAAAGUCACUAUCUUCUUCGGUACUCAAACCGGCACCGCCGAAGGCUUCGCCAAGGCUCUAGUUGAGGAGGCAAAAGCACGCUAUGAUAAGGCGACGUUUAAAGUUGUAGAUUUGGAUGAUUAUGCGGCCGAUGAUGAUGAAUACGAGGAGAAGAUGAAGAAAGAAAGUUUGGCCUUUUUCUUCUUGGCCACAUAUGGAGAUGGUGAGCCGACUGAUAAUGCAGCUAGGUUCUAUAAAUGGUUCACUGAGGGAAAAGAGCGGGGAGAAUGGCUUCAAAACAUGAAAUAUGGAGUUUUUGGCCUUGGUAACAGACAGUAUGAACAUUUUAACAAGGUUGCGAAGGUUGUUGAUGAAAUCCUUACUGAGCAGGGAGCAAAACGCCUAGUUCCUGUGGGUCUUGGAGAUGAUGAUCAAUGCAUUGAAGAUGACUUUACUGCAUGGCGUGAAUCAGUGUGGCCCGAGUUAGAUCAGCUUCUGCGUGAUGACGAUGAUGCAACAACUGUUUCUACCCCAUACACUGCUGCUGUUUUGGAAUACCGUGUUGUAUUUUAUGAUCCUGCAAAUGCACCUGUCAAGGAUAAGAACUGGAACAAUGCAAAUGGCCACACUGUUUAUGAUGCUCAACAUCCAUGCAGGUCUAAUGUGGCUGUGAGGAAGGAGCUUCAUACUCCUGCAUCUGAUCGUUCUUGCAUCCAUCUUGAAUUUGAUAUUACUGGCACUGGACUAACAUAUGAAACAGGUGAUCAUGUUGGUGUUUUCUGCGAGAAUCUAGACGAAGUUGUAGAGGAAGCAUUGAGAUUGUUGGGGCUAUCCCCAGACACCUAUUUCUCUGUUCAUUCCGAUAAAGAGGAUGGCACUUCGCUUGGUGGAAGUUCUUUGCCUCCUCCUUUCCCACCUUGCACUCUAAGGACAGCACUGGCACGAUAUGCUGAUCUUUUGAGCUCACCAAAAAAGUCUGCUUUACUUGCUCUGGCUGCUCAUGCCUCUGAUCCCACUGAAGCUGAUCGACUAAGACACCUUGCAUCGCCAGCUGGAAAGGAUGAAUAUGCACAAUGGAUGGUUGCAAGUCAGAGAAGCCUCCUUGAGGUCAUGGCUGAAUUUCCUUCUGCCAAGCCUCCACUUGGCGUCUUUUUUGCAGCCAUUGCCCCACGGUUGCAGCCCAGAUACUAUUCUAUCUCAUCCUCACCAAGGAUGGCACCAUCUAGGAUUCAUGUAACUUGUGCAUUGGUUUAUGAGAAAACACCAACAGGUCGUAUUCACAAAGGAGUUUGUUCAACUUGGAUGAAGAAUUCCACACCAUUGGACAAUAGCCAUGACUGCAGCUGGGCACCUAUUUUUGUCAGGCAAUCAAACUUUAAACUUCCUUCAAACACUAAAGUGCCAAUUAUUAUGAUUGGCCCUGGUACUGGAUUGGCUCCUUUCAGGGGAUUCCUUCAGGAAAGACUUGCCCUUAAAGAAGCUGGAGCUGAUCUGGGUCCAUCUGUAUUGUUCUUUGGCUGCAGGAACCGGAAAAUGGAUUACAUUUAUGAAGAUGAGCUCAACAACUUUGUCAACAGUGGUGCACUUUCUGAGCUUGUGGUUGCUUUUUCACGCGAGGGACCUACCAAGGAAUAUGUGCAACAUAAAAUGAUGGAGAAGGCCUCGGACAUCUGGAACAUGAUUUCUGAAGGAGGUUACCUAUAUGUGUGUGGUGAUGCCAAGGGCAUGGCUAGAGACGUGCAUCGAACCCUACUCACUAUUUUGCACGAGCAGGGAUGUCUAGACAGCUCAAAGGCUGAGAGCAUGGUGAAAAAUCUGCAUACGACUGGCAGGUAUCUGCGUGAUGUAUGGUAACUUACUACACCAUGAAAAUGCAGAAAGAAAAGAAAUGGCUUCAUAUAUAUUAUAUAUAAUACACAAGCGGACGCCAUAUUGUUUGGGCCAAAUAAGCUUGAAUAGAAAACAUCACCUUUUAAAAAGGGGGUGGAAAUUAAUGAUUCUUUUGCAUUGCAAUAUGAAGGAUUUUUUAAUUCUUGAUUCAUGUAAUUUAUGUAUGACAAUAUAAUUAAGAGUAUUAGGGGGUAUAUUUCAUUGGUUUAGUUUUUUUAGUUUUUACAUUGUAUGAACCGGCCAAGGAAGGUUCAAAAUUACAACCAAAUGUUGCCGUUAUUCUUACGUUGUAACUUUCUUUAUUCUUCUGAAUGGAUAGUUUCAAGUUUGGAAUCUUUUUUAA